AGUGAAAAUUGACAAUUUAAAAGUAUAAAUUAUAAAAUAACCUAAAGCCAAGAGUGAUCACUGAGCUUCCUAGUUUCUAUAAUAAUUCUUAGUUCCUGUCUGUCAAUCUUUAUAUCAAGCGUAUAAACUUAACGAUUUCCAAAAGUUCUUUUGUGAUAAUGUCCAUACCCGUGGAUUUAGAAUUAAAGAAAGCUUUCGGAGAACUACAAUUAAAAAUGCAAAGCACUAAAAAAAAGAUACAUGUUAUCGAUAGCCAAAUUGAAGUGCUAAAAAAGGUGAUGAGGCAUGUUGAAGUACAAUCGGAUACACUGCCAGCUGACACAAAAGCUUACGAAUCCGUGGGCAGGAUGUUCCUUUUGACUGACAUAGAGGAGAUAAAAAGUAAUCUCGAGACUAAAGUUACCCAAUUGUCAACUCGUAUUUCUGAACUAGAAGAGAGCAAGCAGUAUUUAGAAAAAAACUUAAAAGAAAGCCAAGACAACAUCAGAGAAAUGGUACAACAGCGCAAAGUACAAAGUGAAAAGACCACAUAACUGUAGGAAUAACUAUUCUUUUACCAAAUAAUUUGGUAUCGUCAAAGUAUUUUAUAAUUCUCUUAACUUUAUAUAAAUUAUUUGUUCCCAUUUCUUAAAGACAACAUAAAAAUAUAACAACAAUUAUCGAUUUUAAUUUUAUUAC